CUAUCAUCUCUCUUUCUCCCAAGCAAAAAGGAAAAAAAAAAUUUAAAAAUUUUCAAAGAAGGUUUGCAUAAGAAGGGAAAAAGCAAAGAAAAAGAAAAAAAAAACUCAAAAUUUCUGCAACAACGUCAAAAAGCCUACUCCUCUCUCUCUCUCUGGAUUUUCCUCCAUCCCCAGGAUUUUCCCAUUUGAUCCGCCACGCUUUCCUCCCUUCUCUCUCUCGAUUUUCUCUUUUGGAUUCUCUUCUUUUUCUCCGCCAUUGAAUGCCCCCCGUCCCCACCUUCAUCUCUUGCUCUCUGCGCAUUUCGCCCGUCUCGCCACCUCCUCCGCCGCCGUCCUCCGCCGUCCCGCGGCCUCUCCGGCGCGCCCCCCGGCUUUCCGGCUCUUCUGGGGUUCUUGCCGGCAUAAGAUUCGAGCAUUCGCGAGUUCCUGCCCCUCUCUCGCGGUUAGGGUUUCGAUCGGCCGGCCUCCCAAUUCGACGCCCCGGCGGUCCCUCCCGCUCGGCUCCUCCGUCUCCUAGGUUUCGCGCUCGUCUAGGGUUUCCUCUUCGGCUUGUCGCGCGGAUUUAGGAGGAAGGAGGGACUCUUGGUGUUGCCCCUCCUUUUCUUGUGCUUUCUUCCUUCGAUUUCACGGAUUCAUUUUGGGUUGUUGUCUGUCGGCGAUCUUUCUUCGGGAGCGGGUGCCGAUAAUUUUCGCGACUUCGGCUGCGACUGGCUUGUUGUUGGUCGCCAUUGGGAUUCAGAUGCCUCGGGGAUUUUUCUCGCGGGAUAGCGGAAUCUCCUGCUGCUGAUACUUCCGGGCGAAAUUGCUUCUCUUGAGUUUUCUAUUGAACUCGUUGGGAAUAGUGCUUUGUUCCUGCUUCCUUUCCCGUUUUCCUGACUUUUUCCAGGAGAUUGGGGAUUUGCUGAUUAGAGUUCGGCCGUAAAGGGGAAGUCUUUGUGCGUGUAUGGGCAAGCAUGAGGAGUGGACGCAGCCACCGAAUGGGCCCUUGCCCAACGGAUUGUUGCCCGGUGAAGCGGCAUCCGUGAUACGGGUGCUCGACUCGGAGCGGUGGUUGAAGGCUGAAGGGCGAACCGCGGAGCUCAUCACGUGCAUUCAGCCCAACCCACCCUCCGAGCAGCGCCGAAAUGCUGUUGCCACGUACGUGAGAUGUCUCAUCACACAGUGCUUUCCUUGUAAGGUUUUCACUUUUGGCUCUGUACCACUGAAGACUUAUUUGCCUGAUGGAGACAUAGACUUAUCCGCAUUUAGUACAAGUCAGGAAUCAAAGGAUACAUGGGCUCAUCAGGUUCGUGACAUGUUGGAGAGCGAGGAAAAAAAUGAAAAUGCCGAGUUUCGUGUUAAGGAGGUUCAGUACAUCCAGGCAGAAGUGAAGAUAAUAAAGUGUCUUGUAGAGAAUAUUGUGGUAGACAUAUCAUUUAACCAGCUUGGUGGGCUAUGUACUCUUUGUUUUCUUGAAGAGGUUGAUCAUUUGAUAAACCAAGAUCACUUGUUCAAACGUAGCAUUAUCCUGAUAAAGGCUUGGUGCUACUACGAGAGCCGUAUACUUGGUGCUCACCAUGGGCUUAUUUCGACUUAUGCUCUGGAAACCUUGGUUCUCUACAUAUUUCAUGUUUUCAACAAUAACUUUGCUGGACCUCUUGAGGUGCUUUAUCGUUUUCUUGAGUUCUUUAGCAAGUUUGACUGGGACAAUUUUUGUGUGAGCCUGUGGGGUCCUGUACAUAUUAGUUUACUUCCAGAUGUAAAAGCUGAACUGCCAAGGAAAGACGGUGGAAAUUUAUUACUGAGCAAAGUGUUUCUUGAUGCUUGUAACCACGUCUAUAGUGCUUACCCCAGUGGUCAAGAAAAUCAGGGUCAACCUUUCAUUUCUAAACAUUUUAAUGUUAUCGACCCUUUGCGGGUGAACAACAACCUUGGGCGCAGUGUUAGCAGAGGUAAUUUCUUUAGAAUACGCAGUGCAUUUGCAUUUGGAGCUAAGAAGCUUGCAAGACUGCUUGAUUGUCCCAAAGAAGACAUAAUCUUUGAAAUAAAUGAGUUUUUCAUGAAUACUUGGGAGAGACAUGGCAGUGGCCAACGCCCUGAUGCACCGAUAAAGGACUUGCGGCGAUUAAGAUUGUCAAAUGCUGAAAGCUUACACCGGUCCGAAAAUCUACUAAGCAAUUCAACUGGCAAAAGGAGUGAGAGUGUCUCAGUUCAUGAAACUCAUUUUGACAGUGCUCAUGGUCCUCGUGGUGUCUCUUCUCAACAUUUAAAUCAUAUCUCAGAUAGUGCGUCUAAAAGAAGUGACGCUUCGACCAUAUCUCGUACCCAAAGUCAGAAGAAUCAUGUAAGAGUAGACAACUUAAGGGUAGCAGAUAACAACCGACGGGAAACAAAUUUGAAGCAAGCAUCAAGCAUUGAUAAGGAUCAGAGAAGUUCUAGAGCAGAUGGCUUGGUGAAUGAUAUUCAAGGAAGAUACCUUUUUGCGAGAACGCAUUCUAGUCCUGAGCUGACUGACUCAUACAAUGAAGGGUCUUCCCAAGGAAGGUUAAACAGGGGGCCUGAUGGUGGAAAAAACCAGACUACAUCCGCAAGAUUGGAUAAUAGCAGGAGGAAGAUUUUGGAAACCGAUGGUACAAGCCUAGACAUUUCGUCUUCAGCUGAUGAUUCAGCAUUCGUCGGGCAUUCCUCAAUUCAGCAAGACGUGACUACUGACUCGGACAGUUUGAAUAGUUACCAUGAUGACAGUAUUCGGUUUGGUGUCAGGGGUGAAAGUUUUGUUUCUGUCUCGGGAUCACAAGGGUUGCAUCAUGACGAACAAGAUCUUGUUAACAUGAUGUCAUCUUCUCAAGCACAUGCUUAUAAUGGACAGGUUCACAUGCCUCUAAAUAUAUCUUCAGGGCACUUGCCGCUGAAUUUAAUUCCAAUGGGGCAUGCCCAGAGAAAUAUCCCUGGAAUGAUUCCUUCGAACAUUCCAUUUGAGAGUCCCUGGUUAACAAAUAUACCAUUUCCUCAUGGAUUCCCUCCUUCGCAAAUAGCUCACUAUUUCCCCAAUAUUAGCUUCGGCAUAAAUCCGGAAGAUUUUAUUGAACCUAGUGAACAAAAUCUCAGUUCCAAAAAUGCAAAUCUUUGUGAAGUUAAUGGUGAAGUCUGGCAUGAGCAAGAGAGGGAGUCAACUGGAGGUUUUGAUGUAGGUGAUGGAGAUGUUCAAACUCGCCAAUCGGAUGAUCAGCAACAGUCAACUUCAACAUCGUACGGCUUUGCUCCUUCAUCUAAAGAAGGCAGAACUUUUUCUAGAGCACAUCAGAAGUCUGCUCGGGAAAACCGAGGGUCUUCUAGGGAAGAUAGACUAAAUGCAUUUCAACAUCAAGGUGGUAGAGAAAAUGAGGUUUGCAUGGAUGACAGAUCUGGAAGUUUGAGGUCCUUACGAGCUACUCUGAGUAGUUCUAGAAGUAAGACUUCCUCGGAGAGCUCUUGGGAGGGAAUUUCAACGAAGUCAUCAAAGUCAACAAGAGAGAAAAGAGGUAGGAAAAAUGGUUCUAAUGCCUUUCCAUCUAAUGCAUCUUGGAAAGGGAAAAGUUUAUCAGAUCAUUCCUCUGCUCAGGCAGACGAUGAUUCUGUGGACAUGAACCUUCCUUCAAGUAUUGGACAUGAACCAACAGAGAGAAGCACAGGACCUCAACCUGUUGUUUCAGGGCAUGUUCCGACACAUCAAUUCCCUGGGUUUGAGCCAGCUCAAACUGGUGGAACAGAUUCCAUGAUACCAUUUCUCUUGGGCCCAGGUUCUCACGAAAGGCCCAGGGACAAUUCUCAGGUUUAUCCAUUUUACGUUACGGGGCCCCCAGUUCUGAUUUAUUUUAUUCCUCAUAUGCCAGGCGACAGUGCCAGUUCAGAUGCAUCAAGGAGCCAUUUUAGUGUGGAAGAAGUGCUAGAUGAUAACGAGACUGACCAGAAUUUUGAUUCAUCUGAGGGACUGGAUCAUCCGGAGGAAUUGAAUACUUCUGUCACUGUUGGACCGUCAGUCCCUGUUGAGCCAUCUGAGCACAAGUCUGACAUACUUAACAGUGACUUUGCUAGCCAUUGGGAAAAUCUGCAGUAUGGACGAUUUUGUCAGAACCCUCACUACCCUCCUCCUAUGCUCUAUCCACCACCCAAUUUGUUAUCCCCAAUCUAUUUGCCAGGCCGUAUUGCAUGGGAUGGAGCUGGAAGACCAGUCUCGGGAAAUACUAAUGCCUAUAGUUUUGGGCAUCGUAUUGUUCCGGUUUCCCCGGUUCAACCUAUUUCUAAUGGACCUGCCAGUAUUUACCAUGUUGACGAAAUGCCAAGAUAUCGUAGUGGAACAGGGACUUACCUGCCAAAUCCUAAGGUUUCAGCAAGGGAGCGGCACUCGACCAACACGAGAAAGGGGAAUUACAGCUAUGACAGAGGGGAUCACCAUGCUGACAGAGAGGGGAACUGGAAUGUUGCCUCUAAAUCCAGACCUUCACGCAACCAUAAUCGCAAUCAGUCCGAGAAAUCUAACUCUAGGCCAGAUAGAGUGGCAGCAGGUGACAGCCAGUCUGAAAGACCAUGGGCGCAUAGACAUGGAUCAUUUCCUUCGUUCCAUUCUCAGAAUAGUACCAUCCGCACAACUACAGCACAAGGUGGUCCGGCCAAUGUUGCAUAUGGCAUGUAUCCUCUUCCAGCCGUGAAUCCAAGUAUCGUAUCAUCAAAUGGACCUACACUCCCACCUGUCGUGAUGGUUUACCCUUACGAUCAUAAUGCUGGAUAUGCUUCUUCAUCAGAGCAGCUUGAGUUUGGGUCUAUUGGAACAGUGGGUUUCUCAGGCAUGAGCGAUGCGUCUCAACUGAAUGAAGGACAUUCAAGCAAUAUAAUGGAGGAACAAAGAUUUCAUGGAGCUCCUGCUUCACGAUCUUCACCAGAUAAGCCGUCUUCACCCCACCUCCAGAGGUGAUCAAUUUUCUUAUCAAUGGAACAGGCACUAUGUUUCAAGAUAUGGAAAUUGAGGAACUGCAGCUGGGAUUUUACUCGACAGUCCAGCUCGUGUCGGUAUCCUUGCUUGCAUAGAGACCAUUCAUUUGUCGGUGGUCACAAAUCUCCCUUUUUGCAGAGGUUGGACGACCACUCUUCAACACCUCUUUUAACUGUUCCAUGAUGCCAUCAUCUGUAUCAUCUCCACAGCCAGCCUCAUUAAUUUGCUCGAUCCAAUAUGAGCGAAAAUGGUCUCUUGGUCUCUGCAUGUUUUCACAUGAAGGUAGGUUCUAAACGGAGAAAAUUCAAUGAGGAAUUUUUACCUAAUGAAGUUUCUCCUCCUCCCCCCUUGUCGUGACUGAUUGAUAUCUUCCACCUCAGCAAUGACCUUCUGAAAGUGAGAACCAAGGAGGUUUGGAAGAAGUCGGAUUCCACACAGCUUCUGUUUCAGGGACAUUUCAGACUGUUCGGGGAGAGAGACCGCAGUCACGUAGAUUUCCAGUUUAGGUCUACACAUUUUACAGCUUAGUUGAGUAGUAUCACAAACUUUGUUUUGAAAGAGUAUUUUGCUAUUACAGGAAUGUACAAGGUUCUUGAUCGGUAGGCAACAGACUUAGGUUUUUCUCUUGCAGAUGUCUUGUUGGACAUGUUUGACACGGUAUCAUUCAAUACCAUUCCUGAAGGUGAAAGUUACACAAGAUUUCUCCCA